CGAGUGAUUAUGGAUGUACUGUACAUGGAUUCCAUGUAGCUGUGUCCAAGUGUGCUUCUCGAUUAGUCGUCCGUCCGUUCGUUCGUCCUUACGUGUGUCCUAAAUUGUGUUUUCGUUGAUAUGGAAGUCAGGGAAAUGAAAUUUUUUUACGGCGAAUGAGAUAAUGGUGCGCGCACGAGGAUACUCGGGUAUCUGAUUCAUUUGGUUUCGUCGUGUGGAUCUGGGCAGUCAGCAAGUGCCGUGUAAUGACGAUUUUGCCCAAGAAAGAUCACUCUUCAUCGAAGAACAACGAUGGAACCCAUGCGGUCGUCGAUCGAGCUCAUCAUGGACCAGUGGUCCAUAUGCAGGUUCAACGAAGAGAAAACGGUCGCAUGUACGUAGCACAAAGUGGCGCCGCUUGUUGGGAGUCGCUCGAAGACAAGCGUGCGGGAGUUCAUGACGCCGACGUCGUUGAUGGACCCUCUCAUGUCAAACGCCGCCACAGAGACGCUCCGUCGCACAUGAAACAACGCAUCGGCCCAGUGUCUGGCGCUUGUGGCGGUCCUAGUUGUUCCCAAAGUUCCGACGACGUUGCUAUCGCGGGACCGUCUGGAUUCAACCCGAAACCCAAGCAGAAAUCGCUCACUGGGAAGCCCGUUUGUGAUGACUCGGAUGGAGAUGGAGAAGCGUUCAACAGUGACGAUGAGUACGAACGAAUACAAGGCGAAGAGCUCACUGAAGAUGCGUGGCAAGAACGAGAGAAGCUCUUCGAGAAGUUGUUGAAGAAAAAGAAGCUGGUGAUCAAACAAACGGAGCAAGACGGGGCUUGUUUAUUCCGAGCCGUCGCUGUGCACAUCUACGGCGAUCAAGAAAUGCACGGCGUUGUUCGAAACCAUUGCAUGGAUUACAUUGCAAAAAAUGCAGAUUUUUUCUCGGGAUACGUGACGGAAGACUUCGAAUCCUAUGUGGCUCGCAAACGAUUGAACUGGGUCCAUGGAAACAAUAUCGAAAUUCAGGCAUUAAGUGAAAUGUACAACCGUCCGAUCGAAGUUUACAGCUACAGUUCAGAACCGAUCAACACGUUUCAUGGAGAGCAAGUGACUGACAACCCUCCUAUUCGUCUCUCGUAUCACCGCAACGUUCACUACAAUGCUAUCGUAGAUCCUUGGGCUCCUACGGUGGGCAUCGGACUUGGGUUGCCCGAGUACAAACCCGGCGCAGCGGAGAAGAGUUUGGUUCAUGAUGCCUUACAUCAGUCGGAGACUACAGCUCUCGAACAGGCCAUGCUGGAAGACAAGCUGAAGGCAACUGACUGGGAAGCGACGGACGAGGCGAUUGAGGAGCAGGUUGCCCGAGAAAGUUAUUUGCAGUGGUUGAAGGACAACGAGCAUCGGAGAGAAAGUGCGAGCAAACAAGCUGCUGCAGCUGCUGGACGAUCGGCUGCAGCCGUCGCUGCAUCCAGAGCCGUAGGGCUGUCGUCGCCGAAGCCCGGAACAAGUUCGAGGUUGAGCCCGGAUGCGAGGCAAACCCCGGAAGCAGCAGCAGCCUCUGUUUCUAAUCCCUCGCCGAAAACCCGCAAGUCGGAUGGAUUCGACGUGGAGGAAACCGCCUCAUUUCUCAACAAUCUUCCGCCGGAAAUGUUCGGUUUGUCUGAUUUCGAGGACAACGAUUCAAUUUUGGCUCGAGUACUCGCCGCCUCGCAAGAGGAGUACCUCAAUUCCCUGAAGCUGAAGAAGAAGGAUCCGAACCCGGGUUCGCCUUCGGAGCUGCGCGAGGAAGACGACGACGAGGAUGAAGACGGUGGGCCGUCGGGGAACCAAGACAAAGCCUGCGGUUACCGCUAUGCUAGCUAGCUAGCUGAUGAAAUCAUGCCCAGUUUUUCAAAAAUCCCUUCUUGUCCUGUGAGUUUCAGGGAUGUGUCUCUGCGAGCCGCUGUUCCCUUCUGGAAAAAGCUUACUUUUUAUUCCCCCGCGUUUUCGUUUUUUCUCUUUCGUUUUUUUCAAAUUUUUUUUUUUGCAAGUGGCGUUGCUUUAAACGAAAUUUCUUGUCGAGUUCGUGAUUGCGAGAAGAAGAAGAAAAUCUCUCCUUUUUUGCUUGGCGAGAAACUAAAGUCGGAAAUGGAAAAAAGCGUAGGAAGAGACGAAGUGUCACGAGUAUAGACAGGAAUCACCAAGUGUGGCCUUGGGGUCGUGGGAUUGAAAACGGCGUGAGUGAUUUUUUUAAAUUGUUCAACCCAUGGUUUUGGGGUGUUUUGAGGAAUAUUACAGGAAUUUUUGGUGGUUUUUUUUCCUCAUUGCUAUAUUGUGAACGAUUCAUUUUUUCUUAUGUGCUAUGAUGCGGCUUUGCUGCGUACGCAAAUCUUAAAAAGUAUUCGAAAAAGGCGUUCAACGACGUUCAGCUGCUUCUCUCUAAUUCGAUUUUUUUUUUCGCCGGAUUCGUGGCUUAAAAAUAGGCCAAAUUUUAGAACGAAAGCUCGAUUUGAAUGAGUACAGUUGAAUUCACGCAAUCAUUUUGCUUUGCUUGGUUAAUACAUGCGAAUGAAUAAUUUUGAGCCAUUAAUAUUUCCUUGAGAAUAUCUCGGUCGACUCGUAGUUUUCGCGCAAUUUUGCACCGAGCCGAGUUAAUGUCGGUUUUCGCAUUUUUGCUUUCUUGAAGUCUCUCACCUUCGCGUCAAAGGCGGACAAUUUGGAGAGAGCCAAGGUUAUGGAUAUUGAAUUGCUUGUUUGUUUGUUUUUUUCUUCUUGGAAAUUCGUGUUGUUCUCCGAUGAGCAAUAAUCUCGAUAUUUCCUCAACACUUCCGCAGAAUUGUUGGAAUGCUUGGGAAGAAUUUCGCUACCUCUAGUCGCCAGGCAUUGUGGGACUCUCGCAAAAAUCGGUUUACUUGUGCGAGCUGGGAAGAUCAUUCUUCUGCGGUCUUGAAAAACGAAAAGGAAACUUUUUUUUUUAAUUUUAUCUCUCGCCAUGCUAGCCCUUAUUUUGGACAAGGAUGUCGUGCGAGAGAUUUUAAGAAUUGUUUUUGACUCGGUUUGAAAUUGGUUGUGUGAGGUGCAAGACAUGCGUAAUAGUGCUCUGUAAAAUGAAUAGAGAAUGCCGAGGAAUAUAACGGUUACGGAUUAUGUUUUUUUUU